AACUGCACACGCUACACACGCUAAAACCAGUGCGAUACCGUUGAAUGGUCUACGCUAUUAAACUUUACUUACAUGGUAGACUUUUUUUCGCCGUCGCCGUCGCCGUUGCCGUCACUGUCACCGUUACUACCACCGUUACCUAAGUACUAUAUUUGUCGCCACGUCCUGCAAAGUUCGCGAAUACGACCUUCGUAUCCGGCCCCUACCAUAAUCACCUCCAACCUCUUUGCUCCGGUUCUUUCCUGAGCACAAAUCUACACAAUGGCAGCAAGGAAGUUACAACAAGAAAUAGACAAAUGCUUCAAGAAGGUCGCGGAAGGCGUAGCCGAAUUCGACGCCAUCUACGAGAAGAUCGAGCAGUCAAAUAAUACGGCACAGAAAGAGAAGCUGGAAGAUAACCUCAAACGCGAAAUAAAGAAGCUACAACGGUUACGCGACCAGAUCAAGACAUGGGCAGCCAGCAAUGACAUCAAGGACAAAGCUCCGUUGCUGGAGCAUCGGAAGCUGAUAGAAACGCAAAUGGAACGGUUUAAGGCCGUAGAGAAGGCGAUGAAAACCAAAGCCUACUCGAAAGAAGGCCUCUCCGCAGCCGCCAAGUUAGAUCCGAAAGAGCAAGCCAAGGUAGAAGCGGGCGAAUUCCUAAGUAAUAUGGUCGACGAGUUGGAACAGCAAAUCGAGGCACUCGAGGCUGAAGGCGAAGCGAUACAAGCCACCAUGAAGAAAGGCAAAAACCACUCCGCCAAAGCAGAUCGCAUGGCAGCCAUCGAGCGCAUAAUCGAAAGGCAUAAAUGGCAUCAAGGGAAACUCGAGUUGAUUCGUAGAUCGCUGGACAACGGAGGUGUCGAUACGGAACAAGUGAACGAUCUAGAAGAGAGCAUCCGCUAUUACGUCACAGAUGGCACAACAGAUGAUUAUAUCGAGGACGAGGGACUCUAUGACGAACUGAACCUUCAAGAAGAGGAAGAUGUUUAUGGUAUGACCCAGGAGAAUGAUCGUGUCUCAUCACAAGACACGCAAUCUAUACAGGAAGAUGUUGCGGAUGCCGAGUCGCGAUCCGGUAGUCUACCUGGAAAGUCACGAAGUGUUGUCGAUGCUGCUGCUGCUGCCGCCGGCCGGCGCCCCUCCGCACAGAUGAAAUCUCCUCUACCGACUCUAGCAACUUUACAUAACCCCUUAGCCAACGUCACUAGUAGUAGUACCGCCAAUGCAGGCAUGAAGCCCGCGUCCUUACCAACACGACCAGCUGGGGAAGGAUUGAAAUAUGCCUCGGCUGCUGCUGCCGCCGCUGCAAGUGAUAAAAACAAUGUUGGUAUUGCGCCUCUCCCUCCUCCACCAGGCUCGCAAUCAGUAUCAACUACACCGGGCAUCUCACCUUUACCGCCUGCUGCAACGUCUAGAGCAAGUGCUGCAAAUUCGCCAAAUAUAGCAUUCUUACAGCCAGCUCCAUCGGAGCCAAAAUCAGCAAGUUUGUCUAUUCCAACCAGCGCACCUGAACCUAAGGUCGCGGAGCCAAGUUCCUCUACUGCUUCGAAGAAAUCAGAGAAGGCAUCUUCGAAAGCUGCAGGCAAAGCACCCGCCACUGCGGAUCACGCUGAAUCUUCGAAAGCGACUCGAUCCAAUGGCGUGGCUAAUGGUGUCAAGCCUAUCGAGGAGAAGGAAGAAGAGUCCAUAUACCAUCUCCCUGCUUCAUUACAAGAUCUAGUAGAGUCAUUCGAGGUGACGAAGAAACGCUCGCUACCAGUGAAUAGCCCAUCGCACUUACGCAUGAUGGCGGCCUCUCAGGCGAACCUGAAUUCUAUUGAUGCAUUUGACUCCGAGCCAACCCGGACAUAUAGACCUGAUACCCGGUAUCCCUCAGCUUCUGGGUAUCCUCAGGAACCGCUCCCGAUAUUCGAAGACCCCCGGCUAUACUCCCGGAUAGAACCGGAUACACUAUUCUACGUCUUCUAUUACAAGCAAGGGACUUAUCAACAGUACCUAGCAGCUAAGGCGCUUAAGGACCAAAGCUGGAGGUUUCAUAAGCAGUACCAAACUUGGUUUCAACGGCACGAGGAGCCAAAGAGCAUUACCGAAGAAUUCGAGCAAGGUACCUAUCGCUUCUUCGACUACGAGUCGACCUGGAUGAACCGUAGGAAGGCUGAUUUUAAAUUUGCGUAUCGAUUCCUCGAGGAUGAUGUAUGAAUAUCCUGGUCUUUGCUACCGAUCCUAGAGGAAAUGGACGAUCAAUCGAGGGGGCCAUUUGCCUUUCAGGGCUCACUGUAUGGAAUACACGGCGGUUGCUAGUUGAGGCAGAGCCAUCACAAACAGUCUGCCUUUGCCUUAAUAUCUCUAAGGAAAUACAAGAACAAAUUAUGUUCUUUCCCGAUGAAUU